AUGGUUGAAGUUAAGAGCAUUGAAGAAUUGAGUCAAAUCAAACUUUUUGAUUUGAUUAGGGAAGUUUUCGAUAAGGCAUACGCCAAUGGCGACUUAGUGUACAAGGAGCCAACCAACAUUGAGCAUUUCAAAGAUCCGGAGAGUCAACUGCAGUAUGAGAUAUCGAUUCUUGAAGGAUUAGACAAACGUCCGAACAACAGAGCCCGUGAACCUGGGGAAGAAGAGGAUGUGACAAAGGAAGUCAUUGAGAAGGUCCAAACAAAAGAUCCAUUUGCAACUCCCGAACCAGAAUUGACAGUCAUUGACUCGUUGCUCGACGAUUAUAGAUUGAUUCUAAACAAGUAUCCAAACACCAAGUACCAUUUUUUGUUAGUGACUAAGGACUUUGAGAAACAAGACAGUCUACUAAAGCCAAUCGAACUGCAGAUAAUUCGUACCAUUUUAGAGAACUUAAAUGGGUCUGGCGAUGGAGUGAAGUAUUUUUCCUUCUUUAAUAGUGGUCCAGAGAGUGGAUAUUCGCAGUUCCACAAACACGUCCAGUUUCUGAAACUACCUGAACAUUUCAUGCCAUUCCAAGACAACAUUAUAAGCGGUGUCAACUAUUUUUUACCAAAGGAGAUUGUUCAAGAGCGCAGACCGUUAUUUGCAAAGAAGGCAAGGUUCAAGCACUAUAUUUUGAAACUGAAGGAAUACAACGAGGGUGAGGUUGAUAGAGAGGAGGAGUUGGAUUCGUUAGCGAUGUUAUACAUGUAUUUGAUCAAGAGAAGUUUGAAUAUAAACAAGGAGUUUGAGAUUGACAAGAGGGACUUCAGUUAUAAUUUGAUGAUGAUGAAUGACUGGAUGAUGAUUGUUCCACGUAGAAGUGCCAAAUAUGAAGACAUUUGGCAGAACUCACUAGGGUUUAUGGGGCUGUUCUUCCUCAAGGACGAGGACCUCAAGGGCAAGGUUCAGCAAGUUGGAAUUUCCAAGAUUCUCGAGGAAUGUGGUUUCCCAAUGGAGGAAGACGAACACCAGAUUGUCUAUAACGAAUACGGAUACUAA